AUGCAGCCUGCAUGGGCCUGGAGGAGGACGUGGACGCUCAGGCAGCAAUGCGCGCGGACGGCCUUGCGUGGAAGGAAUCCGAGAAGGCACUGCGUGCCGAGUCGGAGCCACAGCCGACGGUGCUCGACUGGCUGGCCGAGCUGCUGUGCUGCUGCGGCAAGCGGGAGGGCCAUUGAGACUGAGCCCGUCAUGGCCAUUGCCACUGCCUUGAGCAAAGCUCUCCAGGAUGUGGAGAUUGCGAUGAAGACCACGAGGAUGAUGAAGCUGGAAAGCAAGGCUGCCCAAAUGGAUGCCGUUUGCACCAAUUCUGGCAGCGAUGCUUCCGUACCGGCGUUCCUCAAGGACUUCAAGUUGGCCAUCGAGGAGCAUGGGAUUGAGCAAGAAAGCCAGGUAUUGGGGGACAAGCGGGUCCUGGUGCUCCGCAUGCGUGAUAUCUUUGAGGUGACCUCGGCAGCUACGCUGAUUGAUGCACAGAAAUCUCGGGUGCAGGUGGCCAUCCAGAAGCGAACUGAGAGCUCGAAGCUGUUCAUGGAGAUUCAUGACACCAACCCUGCACCGCAAGCCUCGGAAUUCGCAGCUUGGCGGUCUGGUUGUGAAGAUCAGCGAGGCUGUGCUGGACAUAUCCCAGUCAACACGCUUGGAGCGAUGGCGGAUGAAGCUGCUGGCACCAUUCACAUCGCUUCCCCUGCUGAAGCCCACGAGCUCCCGGGUUUGGUUGAGCUGCAACCUAUUUCCAUGAGGCUUGCAGCCGGUCCUGCUGCGGCCAUGAGGUCGUAG